AUGACGCCCAGGUACCUGAGCUGUUCGAGCUGCAACAUGACUUUUAAAUCCCCGUCUCUGCUUGAAAAACACCGGGAAAAGUUUUGCAUCGGGACCGAGAUCGGAAGAGGAUUAAUGACCAAAACCCCAGAAGAUAUACUUGAGCAGCUAAAGAUCUGUAAGCGACGCUGUGUGGAGCAAAGGAAGCAGCAAGAAAUGGAGGAGCGAGAUAUCCUAGAGGAAAUGGAUGAGAACGAGAGGAGGUUAACAUGUGAGAAUUUGGUAUCUGAUGAAUGGGUAGCAUUUGGCCAGGAUGACCCAAGCCCGAGAGAGCAGUGGGUGCGGGAACACAAGAAUCAGUUGCAAAACCUGGCACAGGAUCAUGGGAAUCAUGUCACUGCUUUAUUGUCUUGUAACAAGGAACUGGAGGAUCAGAGAGCAGAGAUUGUGAAAAAAUUAAAUGAAUUGUCUGAGAAAAGCAAGAUCUCUUCACAAGUGGAGAAAAUGUUGGCAGAGCUUAAGGCUCAAGAAUACAAAAAUGAGCUACUUCUGGAGUCUAUGAAGCAACAGCUGGAGAUCCUACAGCUGGAGACAAUACAAAAUAAAGUUGCAAGCAGGCACAACACUUUGCACUCGCAUUUAUCGAAGAGAAGGGAGAAGGUUCAGCAUCCGCAGACAUUUCUCCCUUUCUAUGGAGGAGGAAGCCUGUCAUCUGAAAUCAGUGCCUUGCGGCUUUCCUACCUGCAGGACGGCGGCAGUGAUCAGCUGAUCCUCGUCCAACUACAUGACCUCUUGGCUGAAGCUCUGCAACUGGAACAGAGGGUGAAGCACCCAAGAACUCAUUGGAAAGAGAGGAAGCACAGGGAACAACACAAUACAUUUAAACGCAAUUUGGAUUCGGAGCUGAUCUUGCUGGAGGUAGAAAACCAACGGCUAGAAGACGAAAUUCUCAAGCUGCAGUUAAAACGACAAAGGAAGAGCAGAAGUCAAAAACCACUGAAGACUUCCAUCAGCCAAAGGCUAAUGUUAUCAAUAGAUGGAGAUGAAAAUGAUCAACCACAGCUGACUCAGAAAGAUAGCAAUCAGAAAAUGAAGGCUCUGAAGACUGAGAUUGACCUCUUGAAACAGGAGAUAGAGAUUCAGUGCCUUCAGCGUCACAUGAGGACCUCAAAGACACGAGACCAUCCUGAUGCUACAGCUCACACUCCUCCGUUCCUGCCAAUGGAGGACUUCAGGCCUCAAACUCCAACUCUUGUCAAAGAUUUUCUAGAUUCCAGUGAGGGCUUGGGACCUGCACCUUAUGAUCCAGCAGUUGGUUUUGUGGUGUUCUAUGAUUUUCUCCUGGGAUUGGAUCCCAUGUAUCGGGUUUGCCGUCUGGUGGUGGGGCUGUACCAUGGUGGACAGGAAAUGGGAGACCCCUCUCCACUUCCGGCUGUCUACUGUGAUAUCGACAACUUACCAGCCUAUUUCCCAGAAGUUAACAGAGGCAACAGAGCUAUCCUGGCAGUCAAGCAAGUUGUGCCCAGGGUCCGUCCAUCUUCAGGUAUUAGUCUUAUAAUGGAGCUACAGGCUUCAGGGGGCUGUGAUCACUAUGGGCAGGACAUCAACCGUCUCAUUUCACGAGGCUGGAUCAAGAUUGAUAUUUUUGACUCUCAGAAUCGUGUAAUCAGUGGCCGAUGGAAGGUUCCAGUUCGAGUUCUUCCGGUUAAACCAUCCAUGACUACUGUUGAAUUAAAUGGAGUACCUCAGUUGGAAAAUAUGGAAUUAUAUCUUCGUUUAGUCAAUGCAAGAGAUGCCAAUGUCCAGACAACUGCUGCUAUCGAUCCUAAUAAUGCUAGGCUGUAUAAAUAUCCACCACUGGCUUCAGCACGCAGUACUAUCCCCAUCGAUGCCCCACUUUCGUCUUAUCGUUCAUCUUACCGUUACCCGGCCAUACAGCUGGUCUAUCCCCCUUUUGGAGAGACUGUGGACCCUCCACCUCCUUCUGCUGAUGUGAUGCUACUGCAGUGUUCUCCCUCAGCCAGAACUCAAUCAGGAUGAUUCAAACCCACCAGUACCAAGAUAAACCAAAAUUCAAAAACGUGCAAGAAUAUUCCAUUGUUUCAGUCAAAUGGUAUUAAAGAGGAAAC